AUGUUGCCCCUAUUGAAGAACCUCCGCUGCGGCUGCAUUAUUACUUGCCCUAUCUGUGAAUGUGCUAUCAAAUCAAAGUGGUCUCAAAAACAUCAGUACACAGUUGAACGUGUGCUUAAGCAUUUGAGGAGACACGAAGGGGAGCUGGAUAAAUCACAAAAUGUCGCUUGUUCUGUAUGCUACAACUUCUGUCCGAGGUCCAAACUACAUGAUCACUAUCGGGAUUUUCAUCUUGGACUGCCUGAAAAGUAUAUCAAUACUGAAGUGUUAUGUUUCACGAAUUCUGUGCAGCGCUAUCAGGAUUUAUUCAACGAAUAUACACAAGUGCGCAAUAUGGAUUUGACUGCUAACAAAUGUUCUGGCAUCCCUGCUGAGUCUAAAUUUGUUGGGUAUCCUACUAAGAAAAGUUUAGAGAGAUGCCGAACCAUGUGGCGACAGAAAUUUGAUUUAUUGUCUGAACCAAAGUUUUUACUUCGAUUCAAAAUUUCCAGCAAUCUAUCGAAACCAUUUACAUGGGUUUGUCCACUUUGUGUCGAUAGUGUCUUUUUGAACUAUUGUUCGUUUUCCAACGACAUAUCUCUACGACUGUUUGUACUUCGCCAUCUCUCAAUGAAACAUAAAUAUCUGGAUUCUUUAGCCGCACCACUUAGCCGCGAA